GGGCAUACCUACAUCUCUGCAUCGUGAGUAAUCAACCAGAACGAUCGCGACCCGUCAGUCUUACCCUUCGACCAGAUGCCAGGACCAUUAUAUCGAGAUCCAUGGGCGGCUCGUGAAGCAUGGAGGACCCAAGGUGUCUUUGACCCAAAGUACAUGAGGAGGAACAUGUUCCCAGGCCUUGGAAUAGCAACGGUUGCCUUUGUCGCUUAUGUCAUAUACGAUGACUAUCUCAAACCAAAAGUCAAACAUCAUGCACCUGCAGAACAGCACUAGGAUGGAGAGACACGAGCUCUGGUCAGGCGUUGGUAGCAGCUUGAGGGAGAGGGAGGAUAGCACGGCAGCAGCAGCAGCAGCAGUAGCAACAUUGCAACCAAUGUAACACUAUAGGUAUGGGUCAGGCUAGACCUCAGGGUAGCAUGAAUACCAGGGUCUGUCAUUUG